AUGCGGCUGUCCAUAUCAUGUGAUGCUUGUCGACAAGCAAAGGUCAAAUGCGUUCAUGAAGGGCAACCGCCCUGUCAACGUUGCUUGAAGGCCAAGAACCCAGGAUGUAGUUUGACAGACCCGCGCGCCUCGAAGCCAGGGACGCGGAAGGGUUCUGUUCCAUUAAGAGCUCCGAGGAAGCGGAAGGCGUCAUCUACCUUAUCACCGGGGCUUGAAGAUGCAGCAAGACGCGUCCCUGAUAUUGUACCCGUGGCUCGAGAGUGUUCUAAGGAUCCUGUGGCAGCCUUAUCAUCUGCGACAAUUAUCAGCGCAGUGGAAACCUACAGGAAGAAGUUUCCAAUCACCAAUUUCCUGCAUUAUCCAUCUUUGAUAUCCGACAUAUCGUCCGACGCCCAUCUGGUGGACUCUGUUUUCGUCGCCUCGGUUCUCUCUUUGUGCGUGCGAUUCAUGAGCAGCGAUGAACUUGAGGAUGAGGAUGUUUAUGCCGACUAUGCACGAAAACACUUGGCUCAACGUGUGCUUGAGGCCCCCUCGCUUUACCUUGCGCAGUCUCUCGUGAUGGUCUCAUUUUAUGAGUGGGGCACUGGGCGACCAUACCAAGCAUGGAUGUAUAGCGGAAUGGCGACAUAUAUGAUCCAGUCUCUUCUGAAAAUGGCAGAUGAUAGCAUGGAACAUAAUCCUCAAGAAUUCCAUGCGUCCCAAACACAAUACGAACAACUCGUUCGAACUUAUUGGUGCUGUUUUGCCCAAGAUUGCGAACUAAGCUCUGGGGCUCGUCAGCACUUCGCGCUAUCAUUCUCUCAAAUCUCGGUUCCGCUUCCUAUCAGUGAUCGGGACUUCACAUUUAACCAUACGCCGAGCAGCAGGUUGAUGCCUGCUGAUAUGAACAAAGAUUGUGCUUCGGCAAGAAACCUUACAAUUGAGCAUGGUCUCACAAUUGUCACUCGGGGAUUCGAUAUAUUCAUUCGAAUUCUGAGAUUUGCCAACGAACACCGACGAGCGCUAGCUUCUUUGUCUUCGGACGACUCGGCUACAUCGCCACUUCUGGUCAUUUGGCAGAAUCUCAAGGAGGAACUGGAUGAAUGGAGGUCUCUUCAGGAUGUCACAGUUCGAUUCCCAGCGACCAGUGUGCAGUCUCACGUGGCUCUUGGAUAUGGAGAGCUUUUCGCAUACAUCAAUCUAGUCCACUGCAUGAGCAUCCUAUUCCUCCACCGUGACCACUUCUUAUCUAACCUCAAACCACAUUCCGACGUUUUCCACGAUACAAAUGACGAUACGCAAGGCGAACCCGACACAAUUAAACAGCUCUUCAAAGCCGCUCAACAAAUAGGAAGUAUCCUCAACGCCCUCGACGCCUCCGGCGCACCCGUCAUGUCCCCGUAUUCCGGCUUCAGCGUCUUCGUCGCCGCCCACAUAAACAUGUACGGAACGAUCGCCCCACAGCGCUACCCGGGAGGCCUCGAACGAGCCGAAGAAGAGAAAAGCCGCAAUCUCGUCUACCUAGAACGACUAAGCAAAAUCUGGCCCGUAGGCCGCAGCUGGUGGCGCACCGUCCAAGAAGCAAACCGCUUCUACGAAACCGUCAAAAACAACCAAGCUCACAGCGGAUCCGGAAUGCAUAGUCCAAGAAGGUUUGCGCUAGCAGGGACCCUGGAUGAAUACGGCGACAUUCGAUCUCGUCCGAGUCGAGACGUACACGCGACUAGAGCGGCGACUGCUGAGUCGCGUGAGACGCAGAGCUCCGGUCCGCGGAGAGUGACCUCGUCGUCGCCGGGUCUUGAUGGUGGGGGUGGGUUUCUUAGGGAGAGUGCGGCGAUCGGCGGACAUCAUGAUGUUGAGACCGAUAUGUUUCAAUGGCCGUUUAUUGAUGGGUCGUGGUCCCUUGGGUUCGAUACGGGGUUGGAUGGGUUGUGGUAUAACUCUGGUUUGUUUGAUCCGAAUCCAGGGCUUAGAUGA